UCAAUUCUCUAUCGAUUGAGCUUAGAACGAACUCUUUGAACUAGUGAACAGUGCCUCAAAAACAACGAACAAAAUUGUCCAUCCCAUUUUAUCUGGGCUACCCGAUACCAUACCAUUUUUGUACAUCUGUAUAUCGAUUUUUCAAUUUAUCUUUAUAUUUUGUAUAUUUUAUUGCUCAAAAUUUGAAUAUAUUUGUUUUUUAUUUAGAAGAUAAUUCAGUACCAGCUAUGCAAGGCACAUUCAGAUAUCCAGACGGAUCGGAAUAUACAGGAGAGUGGAAUAAUGAUGGUCAACGACAUGGUCUAGGAAAAUUAUCAUUUGCUGAUGGUUCAAAAUAUUCUGGAAAAUUUGAAAAUGGAUUAUUUACGGGAUUAGGCCUGAUUAUCUAUACAGAUGGUUCAAAAUAUGAAGGUGAAUUUUCUCAAGGCCGUUACAAUGGACUUGGUGUAUUUACCAGAUGUGAUGGAAUGAAGUAUGAGGGACAAUUUAAAGAUGGAAAAAUUAUCGGUUUAGGUUUACUAACAUUUUCGGAUGGAGGACACGGUCUACCAAGAAACGAAGGCUAUUUUGAAAAUAAUAAACUUGUUCGACGUGAAAAAUGUUCCGAAAUUAUACAUAAAGCAAUAACGGUAGCAGAACGUGCAAAAACAUUACAAACAGCUAAUGUGGGAGAAAAUCGUUCGAUAUCGUAG